AUGCACUAUGAAAUUUUUUUAUCUGGGGUUGGGGCCCCAAUUAAAAAUUCCCCAGGCCUUUUGGACACAGGCAGUCCACCACUGGCUCCAUUGCCAAGCAGGGCGGUGGCACUGGUGAGUUUGGAAUCUUUCUGUAGAACUGACCCCCUGGAAAUGUUCAGCCUAUCACCUGGUUCAACCUUUGACCUCAAGACCUGGAUCAAUGACCUUUGUCAUUUGAACUUUACUCAAGUAGAAGAACAGCUUGCAAGUUACAAGACAGCAAAGAACCUUGAGAACAUAAUCAGUGGAUCCCCCAACGACAACACUAAUCUAAUGACAAUCAUAGAUAAAGUGGACAAAAUUGUUCAGAAGCUACAAAAUGGAGUGAGCAUGACAGAACAGUUCCUUAAUGUCUCUUUAUGGACACAGGUCAUCAGUAGAUUGCAGAGAUGGGUUGGAGAUUACACAGUUUUUAAUAGCCCUCUCAUGUACUUGGAUGGUAUCUUUGAGCUGAUUGGUAGUUUGUCAGAAAGGCCAGACACUGCUGCACAGCUGAAGCCAUUGUUGUAUGUGGGAGAGAUAACAGAUAACUUGCUGGAUGCUGUACUUUCUUUAGAGAACAAGAGCAGUAUUGGGGCUGUAGAUCUGGUUGGUAGGUGGACAGCCAUGCAGAAGUUGCUUGAGUUUAUUCAGAUGCCAAAUGUGAUUGAUGUCUUCAUCUCAUCCAUCACUUCAGAAAAUUUCCUGACACUGUUUUACAAUAGAUCAGCAUUAGAAGAUUUCUGUAACCCUAGCACAUCAGCUUCUAAGUAUCUGGUGGUACCAAAAAGUAGGAACAUAGACCUGCAAGAGAUCAAAACAGCUUUUUGUGCUAUAGACAUCAAUAACUUCAUGGACCAGUUUGAUACAUUUUUUGACAUACAAAAGCUAGAAAGAGUGGUUGAAGGAACAGAAAAAUUAGACUGGAGUAAGCUACAAGAGAAGUUCCGUCGUAUGAUUUUCCUGAUAAAUGACAAAUGGCUGAAAGACCCACCUCAUGUUGACCUCCCGCAGCAACUGAUGGACAGGUCCUAUUGGGAACAUUUGUUGCAAGACAGUAUACAACCACUGCAAGAUGGCCUAAUGACCAAAAAUCAGCUAGAGAGCAUCAUCAGACAGCUUGGACCUCUGCUAGAGAUGGAUGAGUUCAAACAAGCUGGUGCUAUCCUCAACUCUCUACUCGACAUCAUCAAUGAAAACUUAGUUGCUUUACAAGGAAAUACCUUGACCUUUGGGAAUGUCCUAGAAAAAAUACCAGCUCUCAGAUCUUUAUUUAGUGCCCUAGGGCUUGACCAGAGCACUCUGGAGGCUGUAAUGCUUGCACCUGUGAACAACCUGACCAAACUGGUUGAACUUCUGCUGUCAGGCACCAGGAAACAAGACUUCUGUAGUGUAGAUCCAUGGAGGGAGAUCCUGCAGCUUCCAUCCAGCUUCAGCACUUCUGGUCUGUUCGCUGCUGUCUGCCAGGACAAUGUGGCACCAAUGCUGGAUAAACUUCAAGAAAACUACAACCUGCAGACAAUGCUGGAAGCUCUGGGACAUAACCCUGUACAAUCUCAAGACUGGGGAAAAGUUGUUGAGAAAGUUUAUGCUGUUGUAGACAACAUCAAGGCUCUAAUAUCCAGCCCACCUAUGAUUAACACUGAUGCUGUUCUAGAAAAACUAGCAGUGUCUUACACAAACACUACCGGACUCUGGUCAAUGCUAAAGGCAUACAACACUCUCCAGCAAGCUUUUAUCAAUGACGCCACCUUCACAAAAUCUUUCUCUGGUGUGUUGCGGGUGUCCGGCGUGCUGUUGGAUUUACUGAAUGAAUUGAUGGCUAGAACAAAACUACAGAACAGACAACUGGACCUGGCCUCGCUGUUCUCUGAUGUACCAGAAUUUGUUUCUGUGGUAAACGGUGUGCUGGAUGUCAAGCCGGACCCAGUGAGUGGAUUGUUUGCUGUGCAGUUGAAACCUGCAGAGGUGGACAUGUUCAUACAGAUCAUCCAAAGCCCAGCACUGAUGGCCCAACUGGCAUGCAACAACACAAAAUUCAAUCAAAUAUUUCAAGUCAGAGAGGAUGUCAACAUUAACUCCCUUUUACAUGUAUUAUGUGGGUUAGACUUUGGUCCAAUCUCAGAGAAGCUGAAGGAAACUUUCAGAGUUAAUUCCCUUGGAAAUGAGGUUAUGACAGCAUGGAAUGCUGGGACAGCUCUUGAUGUGGAGAGAUUUGCCAGUCAAGUACAGCUAACACUGGAACAUAUAACCAACCUAACAAAAAUAGAUUCUAUUUUCUUCAAGGACCAUGACCUCGGUGAUAUCCUUAGGGUCAAUGUCACACGACUUUUAGAAGAGUUGAACAGUCAGUUUACCAACAUUCAGGGUGCUGUUAGUGCUGAUUAUCUGCCCUUUUCUGUUUCUAUAUUAAACCAACUGCUGCACGACAUGCAGAACUUGACAGAGAUUAAAUCACUGACAGCUGCACUCAAGUUCACCCAAGCUUAUCUGAACAGCUUUAACAAUUUUCUAAAAUCUAUUCAAGAUGUUCCUAUAUCAGUGGCUGCUCUACUAAACAACACUGAAAUUGGUAGAAUUUUAAACCCUAUACUGAAUGAUCCUCAUAUACUGGAUGGCUUAGUACACUCUACCUUAGACGUCAGGGAGCUGUACUACCUAGUCACCAACCCAUUUGCUGAUGCGGCUGUCUGUGGUGACCAGCUAUGGGAAGCUUUCCAAAUGCCAGAGAAUGAGGCCAGACUUUUGUACCAAGUUCAGCAGAGCGCCUGCACAGCUAACCAGUCUUUGUUGCUGUGGCAAACUGUCAUGAUGCAGGCUAAUGGCUUUUUGUUGUACAAACAGCUUGAGUACAUCCAACAAGAAAUGGACCUGGCCCAGAGCAGCCUGAAUGUGUCAGGUGUAGCUGAUGAAAUGACCCAGGCCAUCAGCUUGAUAGAGAACAUUAUUAAACAGUACCAGAACGGCUCGCGGCAAGUCUUUGACCUCAUCAAUGUGCAAGGUUUUCAGGAAGUUCUCAACGCAGUGCAGAAAUCAAUAGCCCAGAAAUUGAUGGACUCUUCUAAAAACUGGUCUAUCAGCAUUGCUGAACUGGUGCUCCCACAAAUCAUGGAUGACAUCUCUCUACAAAGCUAUGCUAAGACCGUCAACACCGCCAACCUGUUUAUGAGUGUCAUCAUUGGAAAACUGCAAAGAAUUAGAAAUGGUACCAUCAGUCUGUCCUCACUACUUACUGAUGCUGAUGGCCUGUCUAAUAUGAUAGAGACCUACGUAAGGCUUGGAAAAACUGUUGCUCAGGCCUGGAUUGAUGGACAGUUUCAAAUUCCUAAGAUGCUACAGAUAUUCACAAACAGCACAAGACUGGAGCUGCUAUGUAAACAACCAGACCAGCUGUCUGCUGAGUUAGGUGCCACCUACCCACCAGGGCAAGCUGUGUCAGAUCUGUCUACACUGGUGUGUUCUGUGCUCACAGAGUCUCUCCAAAAGGAGGUUCUCAAUUUUGUCAGCUACGACUACAUCCAAAAUGAGCUGACUGCCAUCUGGACAGCUAAUACCACUUCUCCCAACUAUGAAAAGUUUAUCUCCAAUGUUGAAGAGUUCACAAACACCAUCACUGACCUGGCAAACAAGUCACUAACUGUUAGCAAUAGCCUAACUGGCAGUUUUAAUUUCUCUUUGGAUGCCUUCAAAAACAUAGCAACAAAUCCUCAACUAAUCAUUAGACUGAUGAAGCUGUUUGGCAUUGCAUUAGAGGGCCCCCUGCAUCAAGCACAAGAUGUUGUUCAAGCCUUGUCUGGAAUCAACACCUUCGCUGUUAUGCCAGUGGUCAACAUAUUAGAUGCUUUGAAAGCUAAAGGGAUUACCCUACAGACAAUAGCCAACAACCCUGAGACAUUGCUGGAGGUUCUCUCUACACUUGUAGACAUGGAUGUGCAGUUCUCAGUUAUGGAGACAGUUUGGUUAAAGCCACAGUUGAACUACUUGCUGACUCACAGAGGGAACUGUAAUAACACCAUGUAUGAGGAAACAUUGCUGACCAGAGGUGUAGCUGACUUGAAGUUACCUGUGCCAUGGCAACAGGUGUACACUGUGCUCUGCCAGAGUCAAGAUGCAGGUGUUAUGUUGCAGAAGAUGAAAGAGAUGGGGCUGACCUACAUACAAAUUACAGUUCUAUUAAAUAAGAUGUUCCCAGCUGACCAGGCUGAAACAUUAGACCAGAUGUAUGACCAGAACUUUGGCUGGAUAGACUUGAUGUCCAGCAUAGAGAGACUGACCAGUCUAGCCACACAAGCCCCAGUGAAUCAGUCCCAGGUUACCAGCGUUAAGUCGGCAUGGGAGGCCAUUCAAGACACUGUGUUUGAUAAAUCACUCAACAGCUUGUUUUCUUAUUUACAACUUCUGGAAAGUGAAACUGGGACAAGUGAUGACUGGAUUAAGUUUAGGCAGUUCCUUCAAUUCUUCAAUGCUUCUAUUAGCUUUAUAGAUGAAAACUUAUCAAAGUUUGGUCAAGGUGUAGAACUCAAGGAUAUUCUGCCCAACACAGAUAAAGUUUCCUCCAUUAUUGAAGAGCUGUUUGGUGACAGUGCCGCAGAGCUGUUGGCAACAAGCAUCAAUCCUAUUUUGUUUUACCGCAUCACCCUGAGAGAAGCAUGGGCUGAGAUGUGUGAUGGCUACCACACACUUGAAGCAUACUUUGACUUCCCUACUGGUACUGAUGUAGCUUUAGUCCAGUCAAACCUGUGCAGGGCUGUUCUCAGCAACAGCACAAGUUUUCAGAUGCUGCUUCAGCUGUUUAAUGCUGGAGAGAUGCUAGUAGAACUGGACAAACUGAUCCAUGGAGAUUACAUUGACGCAGCAUUGAACACUUCAGUGUGGGAGGCUGCCUAUAGUUCCAUCAAACACCUUAUUGAUACAGCUCAAAGUCUGCAGAAUGUGGACACUACAACAGGUUUAAGCUGGCUGACAACAGUGGCCGACAAGCUCAGCUCACUGCUAGGAUCUGAGAGCUACAGACUAACUGGCAUGUGUAACAGUUUAGUUCGGUACCUCAACAACACUGAUGGUUAUUAUGGAUCUGAGCAGUCACUCUCCAUUGCAAUCACUGCCCUGAAUUUGGUCACAGAUUUAAGUAAACUCAUCCCAGAACUUGAUGAGCUAGCAUGCAUCCUAGUCAGCAACAAUGAAGUGAACAUAGCAGGCUUGAUUGACAGGAUAACCUACCUAGGAUUCUUUGAUGACAUAAAAAAGACCAUUGACAGCUUGUAUGAGCCUUCAGGUGUUGUGGACUGUGUUGCUCCUGUGUAUGACAUCAUGAGGCUGAUGGAGAGGAUAAACCACACGUUAACAUACAGUGAAGUGAAUGGAGGUCAGAUGUCUGAAUGUCUGACCAUGGCUGGUGGAAACUUCAGGGACAUGUUAGGAUCUUUUAGCAAGACAUUAAUGUUUACCAAAGAUCUUCUAGGAUUCAUGCAAACACCACCAGUUCAAAAUAUGUUAGCUGAUCCAAGAAUAAAUCCAAUCAUGGAUUUCAUCAUAGAUUCCAUUAACUCUACUGAAAAAGUGGUUUUAACCUUUGCUGAUCUGCUACAAGAUGGGAGCAUUGCAUCAGAUUUUCUUAUCAACAAACAGGGUAUUCCUAGCUCCAUUGCUGAUGCGUUUUUGAAUGCCACUGUCAGCAAGGACUGGAUUCACUUUCUUCACAACCCUGUGAACAUCAUCAGCGAGUACCUGUGCUCAGUGCCCAAGCUGUCCGACAUCAUCAGCCUCUCACCUGGCUCUAGCGCCACCAUCAGUAACAUCAGCAGGGCCUUGUGCCACCUGUCUGCCACAGAGAUUGCUGGAUUUCUACAGAACUUUUCUCAGCCCAUCAACAACAUCAACAAUAUGGCAUCAAGUAAGGACAACCAAGUCAUGGACGUAAUUACAGAAAUUGUUCCAGAGAUUGCGGACAUCUUUUUAAAGUUUUCAGAUGUCAUCGGCUUGUCAGUGAACUUUUUCUCCUACUUCAAUAUGGAUCUUCUCAAACGAAAUGUUUUUUCUAUUGACAAGCUUUUGCUGAGUGAUACUAUUAGUAGCUUGGCUAACAGCUUCCAAAAGAUAAUGGAUGGCCUAAAAAACAUCAUACCAAAAACUCCAGACACAGAAAAUGUCUUAAAAGAUGUGCAAGUGGUUUUAAACGGCGUAUUUGGACUGGACAUAGUCAGAAUUGCAUUACUGCAACAAACUCAUGUCAAGGAACUGCUGAAUGACCCUCAGGCUGUUGAAAGUUACCUGAAAACGCUAGGGUUUAGUGAAGAUAUCAUACAAGCCUUGCUAGAUGCUGUAUAUUCAUCGCGAGUGCUGUUCAACCUAGUUAGCAAACCAGCCCAUUCUUGUGUGGAUGUGCUGAGCAUGCUUAUCUUUGUAAACAGCACUGUGGAAGACAAACAGAGCAUUGUUACCUCCCUUUGUCGGCUAAACACAACACAGAUACAAGAGCUUGUGGCUCGACUCAUACCAGAGGUUAAUGCUGGGGAUCUUAUAUCAAAGUAUGUGAACAACACAGGCAACUUCAUCUUAGAGUCAGUCAACAUGACCAGUGCCCAGUUGAAAAGUAUGGUCACUCAGGUGGACAAGGGCCUGUCUAACCUACAGAAGGCUUCCACCAUCCUACAGGAGAACAGCAACAGCAAAAUGAUGAUGAACAUCUUCACUAAUGCCACGGCCAGUGCCUCUACUAAUCUUGAUAAGAUGGCCACAAGAAUCUGUGGCAGGGACCUGGCCAGUAUUCUCUCAUUCCCCAGCAACCCUGCCUUUGCCCUGUCUGCAGGUAGUGGCAUUGAGGAGCAACUGGAACAAGGAACUGGCGACCAAGAAACAGAUCUUCCAAAUGAAUUUUGUUUGUCGUUUUAUCAAGUCAUACGUGAGUCAAGUUUAGGCAGUCUAAUAUGGGCUUAUGUCAAACCAAUUCUCAGGGGGAAAAUCCUCUACACUCCUGACAACCCAGCUACCAGAGCUAUUCUAGCUAAAGCCAAUAAAACAUUCUCUGAUAUUGAAGAGCUCAAUAGAAUCUCUAAACUUUGGGCUACAAAGGCUGAUGGUCUGCAAUCCUUGCUUGACUUGGCCAACGAUACAGAAGAUUUGAGGCAUGCAAUGGACAACGACUUCAUCAAAAGCAUAGUGGAGGCCUCUUCAGGAUUAACAUCAGCAGCCUUGACCUCCAGCUUAGAUGCCCUUCAGAGCAACAGCAUUGACGCCAGCCAACUGAAUGCCUUGAAAACGGCUGCUGAGGUGAUCUCAAACUAUUCCUCUUGUAUUCUGACCAACAGGUUUCAACCUGUAGCUUCAGAGCAGGAGCUGGAGGAGCAGGCUUUCAGACUCAGCCAGACAAGAAACUACUUAGCUGGAAUUGUUUUUCUAAAUUUGAAUGAAACCGACACCACACAGGGUCGAAAGCGAAGACAGGCAGGAGACAUACACAUCACAAAACAUGUGGCCUACAAAAUUAGGAUGGACGUUGACAAUGUUAUGGACACAAACUUCAUUAAAUCUUAUAUUUGGAAGAUGGCGGCAGAGUCCAACUUCAUUGAAGACUUGCGCUACCUGCGAGGUUUCAUCUACCUUCAAGAUAUCAUUGACAAGGCCAUAAUUGAUACACAUAAAGACCAGUCAGUGACCACACCUGGUUUUAACAUUAAGCAAAUGCCAUACCCUUGCCACCAUGAAGACAACUUUAUCGUGAUGCUCGGUGCCUACAUGAUCCCUGUGGUGAUGACAUUUGUCUUUAUCACAUCCAUUGGUGUGGCCACACAUAACCUAGUGUGUGACAGAGAGAAUGGACAAGAGGAGAACCUACGUGUCAUGGGAAUGAUAAGCGGCUUAAAUUUCCUAGCCUGGCUAGCCAGCACCAUGGUCCUGUUGACCGUAGUGUGUGUGGUGAUCGCCAUCAUGCUCUACUACACCAACAUCUUUAUCUACAGCAACAUGCUCAUCAUAUUCUUGUACCUGGUGGAUUUCUGCUUCAGUUCUGUCAUGCUGCUGUAUUUGGUCUCCUCAUUCUUCACUAGAACUACCAUGGCCAUUUUAUUUGUUAUGGUAUUCUUUAUGAUUGCAUACAUACCAUAUGUCAUCGUGAUUGGACUUGGUUUGACCAUGACCUACUGGCAAAAAAUGCUGACAAGCUUUGCAUCAACCACAGCUUUUUGCUUUGGAUCUCUAAGAUUAUCUUACUUAGAGGAAAAUGGCAUUGGAGUCCAGUGGUCAAAUGUGAAUGAGUAUUAUGGCACAGACCUCACCAUGUCCUGGUCAUGCUAUAUGAUGUUGAUUGACAGCGCCAUCUACUUCCUCAUUGGCUGGUAUGUCCGCAAUGUCAUGCCAGGACAAUAUGGCAUACCUCAACCUUUCUACUUCCCAUUCCUGCCAUCCUAUUGGUUUGGCUGUACACAACCAACAAAAGCAAUCAGUCAAGAUGCAGGAUCUUAUCAGCCAGGGCCACUGUUUGAAGCUCCUCCAGUUGGCUUCAAUGUGGGGAUAUCUAUUGUAAACCUGUGUAAAACCUACAGUAACAAGAAGCAAGCCCUGAGGAACCUGUCCUUGAAUAUGUACGAAAAUCAAAUCACUACACUGCUGGGGCACAAUGGAGCAGCCAAGACAACCACAAUGAAAUUGAUCUGUGGUGUCUUAAAACCAACAUCUGGAGAAGUUUUGAUCAAUGGUAAAAAAACAGGAUGCUUUUCCAGCAGCCUUGGAGUGUGCCCUCAACAAAAUGCAUUGUUUCUUCACAUGACAGUUAGAGAACACAUGAGCUUCUAUGCUGGAAUAAAAGGCUCCAAAAACAAAAUUGAAACUCUUAAAGAAACUCGAAGUCUGCUACAAGACGUGGAUCUCUGGCAUGCAAGAAAUGUUACAGCUAGAAACUUGUCUUACGGUAUGAAAAGACGUCUGUGUGUCGCUCUGGCUUUUGUCGGUGGCUCCAAGACUGUUAUCCUAGACGAACCAACAAGUGGGGUUGACCCUCAUGCACGUAAACACAUUUGGAACCUGAUCACAAAGAACCGGCCAGGGCGAACUAUUCUCUUAUCAACACAUCACCUGGACGAGGCUGAUUUCCUGAGUGAUAGGAUCGCAGUCAUGCACCAAGGAAGACUCUUGUCAUGCGGAUCACCAUCUUUCUUGAAGUGGUCAGUUGGGGAGGGAUUCAACCUAACCCUGGUUAAGAAAGCUAAUGUCUCAAUGAUUGAAGGAGCUCAACCAGAAAUGAAUGAGCAAAGUGCCCACAACUCAGUGGUCCUCACAUUCAUCCAGUCCAUGUGCCCCAAGGCAUCUUUGAUAGAACAGAUUGGAAGUGAGCUCACCUUCAAUCUGCCCAGGGACCCCACCAGCAUGCAAGUGCCAUUUGAUGAGUUCUUCAGGAAGCUGGACUUGAACUUAAACCAACUGAAUGUAGAAAGCUAUGGGCUCUCAGACACAACUUUAGAAGAUGUGUUUUUCAAGCUGACUGAAGAGGCAGACAGUGCUAACCAAUCAAAUGUCUCAAGUCCUGCUAUAAUCUCCAAGCACAGAAGAUCACCUUUAGAGUUUGAUGAUCUUGAUGACAUAGGAAACUCAACAGAAUCAGUAAGCAAACAGGAAAGGCUGACUGGGUUAUCCUUACUGUUUACCCAGAUGGCAGCACUGUUGAUCAAACGCCUGCACCAUUACCGCAGAAACUGGCGAAUUCUGGUGUCUGCCCUUCUCCUGCCCAUAAUAUUUCUAGUCUUUGGAUUAGGGUUUGCCUCAGUGAGACUUGAUGAAAGUAACAUGAAGGCACUUGUUCUAGAUGCCUCCAUGUACGGACCUGACAGCUAUGCCUUUUUCCAGGACUCUGUGAAGAAUAACAUAUCCAAAAGAUUUGUCCAAACACUGACCAACACUGAAGUUGGAUUUGGUACUGCAUGUAUGAAAGAUGACCUGUCUCGUAAAUUCUUUGAUGAAGACAAAUGUGCAUCCCCGUCUCCUUGGUACAACUACACAAAGCCUAUGUUUAUGGUGGGAUGUAGGAACGCCCAUCAGAUAUUCACCAAAAUGCCUCUCCCGUACGUCAUCAAUGAGAGACGUAUGCCACCUGGUGAAUACCUCCAGGACCUCAGCCAGUGGAACAUACUCUCUUACCUACUGAGGACAUUUGAUGAAUACAAAGAGCACAGGUUUGGUGGUUGGUCAUUUGAAUCAGCAGACGUUGGCAGUGCUACAGCUGUUGACCCCCAUGUGUGGUUCACCACAAAAGGAUACCACGCCAUGCCAUCCUACUUCAACUCUCUGAGCAACACAGUCCUGAGGUCACAGCUGCCUGCAGGGGAAGACCCUACAGAAUAUGGUAUUACAACAAUUAACCAUCCGAUAAGACUUGGGCGUGCACCUUUGUCUGUUAAAAACCUGGUGGGUGAGGCGUCAGAUGCUGGUCUGGCUGUUGUGAUUGUUGUUGCCUAUAGUUUCAUCCCCUGCGGUAUCAUCCUCUACAUCAUUAAUGAGAAGGUCUUCAAGGAAAGACAACUGCAGAGCAUCAGUGGAAUUGGAGUUGUUGUUUACUGGACUGUAGCCUUUUUCUGGGACUUGGUCUUGUACAGUGUUUCCGCAGCUAUUGGCAUUGCCGUUGUUGUCAUCUUUCAAAAAGAUUCCUUUGUUAUACGGGACAACUUGGCUGCGUUUUCAUCCAUCCUGCUGUUAUAUGGAUGGGCCAACAUCCCCAGCCUUUACUGCGUUGGACGGCUGUUUAACAAGGGAAGCACAGCGUAUUUGGUGCUGUUCUGUCUCAACUUGUUCCUGGCACUGUGCACCAUCAUUUCCCUGCUGGUCAUGCUGUUGUAUAGAGAAGUUGAGGUUGUUGUGCAGAUCUACAAUGUUUGCAAACACCUGUACCUGAUAUUCCCACAGUAUGCUUUAGGCCAAGGCCUCAUGGAUUUGGCCUCCAAUACAGUAAUCUAUAAGUUAUUCAUGAGGUUCGGAGAUGACAGGUACAAAAACCCAUUUUCCUUUGAUGUCAUAGGAUGGAAACUGGUUGCUCUAGGGAUUGAGGGGUUGUUCUUCUUCAUUCUGACUUUACUCUUAGAUGGACUCAGCUGGCCAGCUCUAAGAGUACCUGGCAACAGAAGAAAAGCAGACUAUGAUUAUGAAGAUGAAGAUGUGGCCAGGGAGAGAGACAGAAUUCUCCAUGGAUCUAACAAUGACAUGUUAAUUGUUGAUAACCUAUCCAAGGUCUACAGAAGGAACUGGAGAAAGUUUUUGGCUGUCAAUCACAUCAGUUUUGGUGUCCCUGAAGGAGAGUGUUUUGGCCUACUGGGUGUUAAUGGAGCUGGCAAAACAACAACCUUCAGGAUGUUGACAGGAGAUAACAAGGCUUCUGGUGGUAGUGUGAUGUUGAAAGGGGAAAGGAUGACCUCCAAUCAACACUUUGGUCAGAAUGUAGGCUACUGCCCACAGGAAGGUGGACUCGAUGAGUACCUGACAGCAGAAGAGAUGUUGUAUUUUCAUGCCAGGCUUAGGGGAUUUAAAACAGAGCAAAGGAAAAUUCUGGUCAAUGACCUUCUGACCAAGCUGUGUCUGACGCAGUACGCACAUAAAGCUAUCCACACGUACAGCGGAGGGACAAAGAGGAAACUUGCCCUGGCCGUGGCACUGCUGGGGAACCCACCCAUUGUCUAUCUGGAUGAACCAACAACUGGAAUGGAUGUUGGCACCAGAAGACAAGCCUGGAGGUGUAUAGCUCAGGCCAACAGGAAUGGUCAGUCUGUGGUGCUGACAUCCCACAGCAUGGAUGAAUGUGACGCCCUGUGUUCUACCAUAGCCAUCAUGGUUAAUGGAGUUAUCAAAUGUAUUGGAAGUCCACAACAUCUCAAACACAAGUAUGGAGAUGGUUACACAGUCAUCAUUCACACUGGUGAAGAUCAACUGCAUACAGUGACACAGAACUUCUUGUUCAAAUUUCCUGGUUCAGUCAUAAAGGCUAUCCACCACAGCAGUGUUGAGCUGAGAGUCCCCCAGCCCAUGUGUGUUGUGGCUGACAUCCUAGGCUACCUGCAGCAUGCCAGGGAUGAUAAAGCCAUCGAGUACUACUCACUCUCUCAGACUACUUUAGACUCAGUAUUCAUCAGCUUUGCACAAGAGCAGACAGACAAUUACGUACUUGAUUCAUCAUUAAGUGAAGACUCUAGCUCAGAAGACAGCCUAUCCAAGGACCCAACACAACAGGAAUUUGUGAACUCAGCAUUCACUGAUGACAACCAAGCUGUUCCCAAUUUUUAUGCCACCAAUUUGCAGCUAGCUGGUGAUCCAGAGGUUUAUGUUUCAAAGUUGUGAGUCUGCUAUAGUUAAACAAGUCAAACUUGUUAAAAGACUAAAUGAAAGAACAACUUCGUAAGAGAAAGGAACUCCAUGAAGUGAAGAUUUCCAAAAUGUGCCUCAUGAUGUAUGGAAUGGAAUUUUUUCAAGUAUCUGAAAAACUGUGUUCAUCAAAACUACUACAUUAAAUAACAUACUUAAUUUUUAUUUCCUUAUGACUAGAAACUUUUGAAACCUUAGUGUAAUUUCCUUAAUAUUAUUUUUGGAGUUUAAUUUCCAGUUUUUUUAUUGUCAAUGCAAGUUCAUCAGAUGUAUAUCAUAUUUUUCCAG